UUCUUUUUUCUUGGUAUAUUUUUGUUGGAGCAAGUUUCCCGUCCUCUUCAAUUCAAAAAGUUUAUUAUGGAGAACGCUUAUUGCUCGGUUAAACGUAUCAUAUUACAACGGGUUGCCAAGAAGGCUUAUGGCAAUUUACAGCAGAGGAUACACUCGCUGAAGAUAGUUGGCUUUAUGAUACAACGGAGCGAUACGUUCGCUGAACGUAAUCGAUCUACGGUACAACGAUUCGAAACGAGAGUUAAAUAUUUGCUAAUAUAUUACUUGUUAACCAACACGCAGAAGGCUAGGACAGAUGGUAUUAUAGAAAAGUAUGAAAGCGUCAAAACGCGAAAAUUUGGCUGA